AUGUACCCAGUGCCUAGAGAGGAGAUUGCCUACGUGCCCUGUACCUACAGGGGAACAUGCAUUGAUGAACCUGACUACCUGGCCACCAUCGAUAUCAACCCCAGAUCUCCAUAUUAUUGCCAGGUGAUCUACCGCCUGCCGAUGCCCAACCGCAAAGACGAGCUGCAUUCCUCAGGAUGGAGCACUAACUGCACCUGCUUCAACAAUUACCCAGUGAAAAGGAGCAAACUGAUUCUUCCCUGUUUGAUUUCUUCCCGCAUUUAUGUGGUGGAUGUGGGUUCACAGUGCCGGGCUCCCAGGCUGUGUAAGAUGAUCGAGCCUGUGGAUGUCUUCUGGAGGUGUGACAAGGGAUACCUCUGUGUAGUUCAUAGCCUGCCUUGUGGUGAUAUUUUGAUUUCCAACAUGGGAGAUCCGGCUGGCAAUGGAAAAGGUGGAUUUGUGGUGCUGGAUGGAGAGACCUUUGAGCUGAAGGGGAACUGGGAAAUUGAGGGCGAAGCUCCCCCAACUGGAUAUGACUUCUGGUACCAGCCACGCCACAAUGUUCUGGUCAGCACUGCUGGAGUAGUGGUAAAACGUGCGGCACUUGGAUUUAAUCCCAACGACCUCGGGAAAGGGGUCUUUGGGCGCCGUCUGAACUUCUGGAACUUGUCCUGCCGCACCCUCACGCAGUGCUUUGACCUGGGGGAGGAUUCCCUUCCUCUAUCUGUUAAAUUCCUCCACAACCCCGAUGCUGCCGAGGGAUACGUCAGCUGUGCCCUGAGUGGCGUCAUCUACCGCUUCUACAAGUGCGAGAGCGACAACUGGGCAGUAGAGGAGGUGAUUCGGAUCCCAGACAUAGAGGUGACGGGAUGGAUCAUGCCUAAAAUGCCAGCCUUCAUAGUUGACCUCAUCAUCUCAAUGGAUG